GCCAUGGCGAGACGGAUCCGCUAUCGGUGCUAUCUGUGCGUGAGCACACACUAAAAUCUUAUCUCAUCCAACUAUCGCAUCCGGGAAAAGCUACCUGGAAGGGUGAGCCUAUGCGGGAGUCCAGAGGCAGCAGCUGGAAGCUGCCGGCCCGCGGCGGCCACAAGCACCACCACCAACAAGCAGCAACAGGUGGCCAGCCAAGCCUUCUACCCCAACCCUGCCCCGCCCUGCCCCGCUCCGCGCGGCACCUUGGCAGUGACCUGAGAUGGCCUCACAUGGCCAGGCUGGCGCGGGCCCGUCCCGCUCCGCCCUGACCCGCAGCACCAAUUCAAGCUGCUCCAGAACCCAAGCAAGUGCUGUCCACACACUCACAGCGAGGUGGACCAGGUGUGACGUACGAAGGUGACAGAGAAAAGAGAGGAAACCACACAAACCACCACCAGAAACCACCUAGAGAAGAGACCAGCGUCCCUGCAGCGCCACAGACCAGCAAGAGACCAACACACAACAGACACACACACACACACACACCCAUCCACACACACACAAGAGACCAGCUAGAGAAGAAACCAGCAUCCCUACAGUGCCACAGACCAGAAAAGAACCGACACACACACACACACACACACGCACACACACAGAGCACCCUGAGUCACACCUUCCCUGCCCUGAGAACACUUGAGCCCCGUUUUCUUCGUAUUACUUGAGUCACUCCUCUCACCUCUCCUCUAAUACCUUCCCUGGAUUUCCUGUUACGUCACUGAGAAAAAAUUUGUCACGCUUCCUCGUCACGGAGAAAAAUUGUCACGUUUCCUGAAUCCACCAAUGAAGAAACCCUGAUUUUUUGACACGUGAAAAAUAAUGACAGUUGUCGUUGUAUAAAUUCGAGAAAUGAUUAGAGGAGUGAAUGCUCAAGUCCCCACGAGGCAAAUUGAAUAGAUUUACGAUUUUGUGAGGCCAUAAAAAGCAAUAAACGUCACACCCGCGGCUCAAUACCACACAGCGGGAAGGAAGCGUAAUCUAAUACCAUCCAUAAAAACAAGAGAAGAUCACAACCUUGGAAAUUACUAGAAAAUAAAAGAAAAACACUCUGAUCAUAACGAAAAUAAGAAUUAAGGAAAAGAGGAAAAGAUAGAGAAAAGAGAAAGAGAUAAAGUAAAAGAGGAAACAGCAUAACAAGACCGAAAUAGAGAACAGGCCAGAACACGUGCAGAACAACACCACAACAGGACAGGACGCAACACCACAACACCGCCACAACCAUGAGUGAGCAGGAGGAAGGCACCACCACCAACAUCACCACCUCCACCACCGUCACCAUCACCACUAGCAGCAGUGGGGGAGGGGGAGGAGCAGGGGACCGUUACACCCCACCACCCCCACGGUCAACCUCCGCCCCCCGUGACCCUGAAUGCUCCCCCCCUAAACCAUCUGCCGUUACCUCCCAGCAGUUGGAAGGGAGCGCUGCCCCCAACCACGUGUCAGCGCCCCCUGCUGAGAUGUGGCACCACCCACAGCCCCGGGAACCCACCCCCCAGGACCACCCAGGGGGCCUGAACCUCACGGUGCUGACCAGUGUCGCCGCCACUCCCACGCCCACGCCAAGCGCCACGCCCGUCAGCGAGGUGGGAGUAGCCAGCAACGUGAUCAUCAGGGAGGACGUGAGCCUGUCCGCCCGCACGCCCGUCAAGCAGGAGGAGGAGGAGGAGCUCAAGCACGCCUACACCGCCGCCCACGCCCACGCCCACGCCUACAACCACGCCCUCCAUGUCGCUAAGGCUGAGGUGAAGGGUGAGAUGGUUUCCCCGUCACCAGUACAGAGUAACGCAAUCCCAGCCACCGUGCAUGACCUGGAGCAGACCACCUACUCCCCUUACACGGUUCAGAGUGUGGUAGUGUACGAUCCCAGCCACCCAGUUGAGCACGUGCACGCCCACACAGUCGACCCACACCCGCACGCCCACCUGAGCAGCGAGGGAGCCACUUACGCCACUCUGGAGUCCGCCCCUGCCAUCACCACCCUCGCCUCUCUAUCCUACACGGAGCCCUACCAUUACUACUACAAGACGCAGGAUAUGUACGUGAAGGACGAGGGGCGAAGGUCAGCGGGGUACGACUUUGUGCAGUCCCCGUACGCCACGACCACCGCCCACCCGCACGCCAGCACCCACGCCCACCUGCAAAAGACUGACGCUUCCAUGUGGGCGACGGCGGCAGAUUACAGUCAGCUGGCGCCCGAGGUGCUAGAGAGGUCCACGCCCCUCACCCACCACGCCUACAUGGCCCCCGCCCCCGCCUGGAACACCACCGCAUCCUACGACUCCAUCCUGCACACCGCCUCGGGGGAAACCUACCGCAGGAUUGAGCCAGGCGAUCCGGAUAGCACAGAGAACCGAGAAUGCGUGAACUGCGGAGCUAUGACGACUCCACUCUGGCGGCGCGACUCCGGGGGCCACUACCUGUGUAACGCCUGUGGUUUGUACAGCCGCGCCAAUGGAAUCAACAGGCCACACAUUAGGAGCCAGCGACGCCCCAUCAGCCCGUACGCGGCCCCGACUACGCCCCAGCCACAGCGCCGCUCCGGGAUGACCUGCUCCAACUGCCAGACCACGAACACAACACUGUGGCGCAGGAACAACAAUGGAGAGCCAGUGUGCAAUGCGUGCGGCCUCUACUUCAAGCUCCAUGGGGUCAGCCGUCCCCUUACCAUGAAGAAAGAAGGACCAAUUCAAACACGCAAGAGGAAACCUAAAAGCUCGUCUUCAUCUUCUUCCUCUUCCUCCUCCGCCUCCCACCACCAACCGUCCCCCAGCCGCUACACCGCCUCCGCCUCCUCCUCCUCCCCCUCCGCCAGUGCAACCAUGAGCGCCGCCACUUCCCUCAAGCACCACCAGGCACCAGCUUAUGUUUCCACCGUCAUCACCAACUACGCAGACCACCACGCCGCCGAGCACUAUGCAGGAGGCGCCGCUGUGACACUCCAUGACCAGGGCGCGCACCUCCUGACGGCCGGCGCUCACACCCUGCCCCACGCCGCCCCGACUCAGCUGGUGUCCUACCCGUCCCCCUCCUCCACCCCCCACCAUGUGAUCCCAAACUCCCAGCAUCUGUCACACCAAGUUAUGAAGCAGAUCCCAGUUCUCGAGCCUCUGGAGGACACAAACAUCAAGUACGAACACACGACAUAAGGAGGGAAGAAUAAAUGAAGAAAUGAAGAAAAGGAGAAGAAGAAGACAAGGAAAGACAACUAAAAUCUUGACUUCAGGACAUCUUCGCCUUACAACUUUGAAAAACAAGCUAAUUUCUUAAGCACAUAAGGACAAUAGUGCCUUGCCUCUAUCAGUACAUCAGCUGUGCCCUUUCUAUAUAUGCCAGGUUGAAUUUAACUAGUCUCUUGUACUAGUUAAAAAUAUUAGUACCUGUUAUCUCUGUCACGUAUGUUCCCUAGUAUUUGUAAUAGCCCUAGCACGUGUCUACGCCUCCUAGUACUAGUUAGAGCAUACAUGAACCCUUUCAAUGGGAUAUGAAACUAUUAGCAGCACUAACGGUCAUAUUCAGAGACUCCUUGUUCCUCACUACGACAUAGACAACCAGCCAAGUUUUCAAGACAGUUUCUCCUUAUGAACAACUAGAAAUCUUGCUAAUCCAUCACCAGAAUCAUAAAAAAUACCCUUAAAAACUUGAGUGCCUUCAACUAGAGCCUUUGCAUAUAGUUGUCGUGAUUGAGCAAAGCGUUUCUGAAUACGGUUCUAAAAGUGAUGUGUGUCUUUAUAAGUAUCGACAAGAAAGUUAGCAAUGAGGAAUACAUUUUGCAGUAUCUUCCCGGUUCAAGGAUAAGAUGUAGCUGCAGAAGAAGUAAAAGUGUCUCAGAGUGAUCGGUAGCCAAGAAAAGGUGUACCAAGCGGCAGUCAAAGGGUCAACUAGGGCCACACAUAACUAUACCACACACUUGGUAUAUGUCACGUAUAUCUAAUACUUGUUAAAACUCCUACUAUGUCUUAUCUAGAGAGACCAAUAUAACAGCUUACCCCAUCCCCUUCACAUGCUAUAAAACACAGAGGCACUUUACUUAACACCUUGGCACUGUGAUCUUGACCCUGGCACCGUAGUAGAGAUCCUGGCACUCUUCCCUGGCACUAAGUCUAAGGGGCCGGCACUCCACUCAAGCCCCUGCCGUGGAAUUGGAAGCUUAGGACGGUGUUAAAUUGUGCCGAUGUCUUGAGGCAGAGGAUUAUAAGAUGACAGUUUGUGGCGAGGCGUUUAGUUAAUGAUGUACCAAAGAAAGAAGACGGCAUUAGAGAGAGAGAGAGAGAGAGAGAGAGAGAGAGAGAGAGAGAGAGAGAGAGAGAGAGAGAGAGAGAGAGAGAGAGAGAGAGAGAGAGAGAGAGAGAGAGAGA